AUGGUGGACCGCGCGCAAGCGACAAAUACCAACAGGGUCAGAAAACGGAAGGCUGAGAGUCAAGACAACAAUGAACGCCUUUCCAAACGGCUGAGCUUGCUCAAUCUUGACCGAUCCGGCAAUGAGCUCUAUAUACCAGUGGAACGACGCCCCAUAACCUCCACCUCCGCCUCUCCCUCAGCCUCCACCUCUACCACGAAGCCGAAACCCCGAAUACAUGAGCCCGAUUCCGAUGUAAUGCCAUUAGACGAUACGAAGCAUAAAGUCUACAUCUACGAUCUCGAUGCCGAAUUGUCCGAUAGCAGCGAGUCAGACGAUAAUAAAGUUGCCUUCCUCCCGGAUAUUGAAAAACAUAUCCGGGAAUGGCGGAUUCCACCCGCAGUACUAGCAAAUGGUGGCGGGCAAUCAGCAUUGAACAAUCAACUAGUCCUGUACAAUAUCCCACGAUCGCUGAGUAUACCUGAAGAGCAAGACACUGUCAGGAAGGCCAUCAUUGAAGCUAGAGCCAGGGCACGCGCAAAGCAAAACCAGAAACCGGUCGAAGUAGAAAGCUCUCAGCCGGCUAGUACUCCUGGAAAUAGAAGUGUUAAUAAUACCAAUUGGUAUCGCCCGGUUGUUAAGAACCCACCCGCGGCGCCGAUAGAUACGGAAGUAAUGGACGAGGAACCAAUUGUUCCAUCCACCGAAGCGAUAAUCGAAGACCCAGACGCAAUGGACCUGGGCUAA